AUGGCAUUCAGUCUAACGGUGAACACUACGAGUAACAAAACGGUGUUAUCGAACUACUUGAAGCUCGUUCAAGGCGACAAGGUGCAGGUAAUGUACGUGUGGAUCGAUGGAACGAACGAGAGCCUUCGUUGUAAGACGCGGACGCUCGACGAAGAGCCAAAAGGCGUGAAAGAUAUUCCUGUUUGGAACUAUGAUGGCUCAAGCACAUUUCAAGCAGAAGGUUCAAAUUCGGACAUGUACCUUUAUCCAGUGGCGAUGUAUAAGGACCCGUUUCGUGGUGGAAAAAACAAACUCGUGCUCUGUGAGACGUACAAAUACAACAAACAGCCUUCAAGCACGAACAACCGAUGUUCCUGCAAGCAGGCGAUGGAUUUGGCUGACAGUUUCGAACCGUGGUUUGCCAUUGAACAGGAAUACACUCUCCUUGACAUGGAUCGGUACCCGCUGAAGUGGCCAAAAUGCGGCUUUCCAGGCCCUCAAGGGCCAUACUAUUGUGCUGUUGGAGCAGACCGCAUUUUUGGCCGAGAUGUGCUGGAGGCGCAUUAUCGCGCAAUGCUUUACGCGGGUAUCAGUGUUUCAGGAACGAACGCGGAGGUGAUGCCGGCUCAGUGGGAAUUCCAAAUAGGCCCUUGCCGUGGGAUCAACGCUGCCGACGAAUUAUGGAUGGCUCGUUUCAUGCUGCAUCGUGUAGCUGAGGACUUCAACGUCAUCGUUUCGUUGGAUCCAAAGCCAAUGCCUGGCUCUGAGUGGAAUGGUGCCGGUGCACACUGCAAUUUCUCAACAAAGGAAAUGAGAGGACCAAACGGCUUAACUGCCAUCGAGGACGCAAUUGAGAAACUGGCAAAAAACCACGAAAAACAUAUCAAGCUGUAUGAUCCUAAAGCAGGGAAGGAUAACGAGCGCCGAUUGACAGGUCGCUGCGAAACUUCCAGUCUCCAUGACUUCACUGCAGGAAUUGCCCAUCGUGGUGCAUCUAUUCGCAUUCCUCGUCACGUUGCAGAGGCUAAAAGCGGAUACUUGGAAGACAGACGACCCUCUUCUAAUUGUGAUCCGUACUGUGUUACCGAGGCCAUAAUUCGCACUGUGUGUCUAAACGAAUAG